UCGAAGUAGAGCCUGACAUUCCUAACCUAAAUUAAUCGUGCGCGUUACGCUGGGAGAUACGGUGCAGUUUGUUCGGAUUUCCGUUCUCGCAAGAAUUUCGUCAUCUCGACGAAGUGAUUGUCCGGGUUAUAUCUCGCGAUAUCUAUUUUCGCCGAGAAGUAUCACAAAAGUAAUACAAAGAGAAUUUAUGGUGAGACUCGCGGAUACCCGACAAUGACGAACAGCUGGCGAGGCACGAAUGUGCCAGCAAGCUCGAAGGACCUGGAACAUAAUGAGUUUAUGAAACGUAUAAGAAAGUCAUUAUAUUAUUCCAAGUUGCCACCGAUUAAUUGCUUGAGUUUACCAGUUACAGAACUGGCAGCAGAACUUUUUACAGAAGUGAAAAGUGGUCAUACGUUGGAAAAACUCGAUGUCGAGGAAGCAAGCAGAAUAUCUAGAAACGCAUGUGUCUCCCCUUGCUCGCUUGUGCUGGCCUUGCUAUAUAUUGAAAGAUUAAAGAACUGCAAUCCGGAAUAUCUUCAUCAAGUAGCACCGUCCGAGCUAUUCUUGGUUUCUUUGAUGGUAGCCAGUAAAUUUCUGCACGAUGAUGGCGAAGAAGAUGAGGUUUUCAACAAAGAGUGGGCAAAUUCGGGACAGGUGACUGUAUCGCGAAUGAAUAAAUUAGAAAAGGAUUUUCUUGCUGCAAUCGACUGGACAGUGUUGGUGCAGCACCAAGACUUUUGGGAGAGGCUGCAACAGCUAGAAAAAAACGUGGCGUAUCGAGAAGUACACAAGCGAAGAUGGUGUACAUAUACAGAAUUGAGCUGUCUGAUGAAUUCCGUUCAGUUGAUCAGAAUCGCGCAAACCCUAAUAAGUGUCUCUUCGAUCUGCAUGGCGACUUACGCCGCCGGAUUGGCGACUCUCCUGGGAUCCACUCUGGUUGCUCAUUUCAUUGUGCAAAGCUGCUUACCCGGGGCGUCGCUUAAUUCGAGACAAUCGACAAAUCUGUCGAUGAAUCUCGCGACGAAUCUCACGUCAGCCGAUCUGACUGAUCCACUGAUGAACACGCGAUCCCAGGAGAUUAACGAUGACGGUCUUCCGAUUUCCGAUUCCGAGAACGUUGCGGAUUAUUUCGCAGCUGCGGAAACCGACAGCGACGAUGAAGACGCGGCCAAUUGGAAAUGGUGGCUAAACUCGACGAUGACCUGGCUGCCCGAGUAUUGUAACUUGGAGAGCAACGUCGAGGCGGCAAAUUCCACCGAUCGAUUAUGCGUUACCAAUAUCGACGCCUCGUUCAACGCGACGCAGGCUAUGAAUAUCAGGAAGAUGGAGAAGAUUGGGAAAACAGAGGAUUUCGCACCGGAGGACUAUCGUCGCAACGUCAAUUGGAAGGAAAUACUGGACACGACCUUGAACUGGUUGGAACAAAACUGGAGACGAUCGCAUUAUGAAAGUGUCUUUCGGUCACCGGAAUUAAAAAUUUAUUAUUAGUUUGCUGAUAAAAACUUCGCCUGUUAGACAACCUUUUCUCAGAGAAUAUAUAUCUAUACCUAUAUAUAUUAUAUAAACCUAUAUUUUUUGUACUAACUUUUUGCAGUGUAACGUUCGAUACUAACAAAUCUGUUUUUCUCAAUAAAUAUCCAAUGUCGCAUGCUA